GUUAACUAACACUAAUCUCCCGGUUAAAGUGUAGAUUGCCCUAAACGGUUUAAUUCCGGUUAGGAACAAACCAACCACUCGCUCGGUCGUCCAAAGGGCAAAGCGAAUCCAACUUUACAGAUAUGUCAGAGAGGAGCCAAGCUUCUAGAAGAUCAUUCAUUCAUCACUUAUACGAUCUCUUCCCAAAUUAUUGAUUUUUUUUACCCAUUUCUCUCAUCGCACGGUGAUAUUGAGAAUCGCCGACCUGAAUCGAUCGGAAAACUUUCUCUGAUUACCGGCGGUCAACACCGCUGAACACAUAUGUUUGUUUGACGACCUCUUCUCUCCGCGAUCUUUACCUCAACAACGAGAUCUGUUUCCACGAAAGAAAGGAGGAUGUCGACGCCAGCAAGGAAGAGGUUAAUGAGGGAUUUCAAGAGGUUGCAGCAAGACCCACCUGCGGGUAUUAGUGGUGCUCCACAGGACAACAACAUUAUGCUCUGGAAUGCUGUCAUAUUUGGGCCUGAUGACACACCAUGGGAUGGAGGUACUUUCAAACUCUCACUGCAGUUCUCUGAAGAUUAUCCCAAUAAACCACCAACAGUUCGGUUUGUGUCACGGAUGUUUCAUCCUAAUAUUUAUGCAGAUGGGAGUAUCUGCUUGGACAUUCUACAAAACCAGUGGAGUCCAAUCUAUGAUGUUGCUGCUAUACUUACCUCCAUCCAGUCCUUGCUCUGUGACCCUAAUCCGAAUUCUCCUGCAAACUCGGAAGCUGCUCGGAUGUACAGCGAAAGCAAGCGCGAGUACAACAGGAGAGUGCGUGAUGUUGUUGAGCAAAGCUGGACUGCUGACUAGUAGUAGUUUGUUGUAAGCGUUGUAGCUCUCUCUACUUUCUCUCAAUCACGAUUCAGCAACAGCUUUCUUCUCUUUUCAUUCAUGUCUUGUGUUUCCAAAACUAUUUAAGUGAUUCCAUGCUUUGAUGUAACCCAACAUCCUUAAAAAAACAACUUUGUACCAAACCAUCUGAAUUAUUCACUUUUGUGUAUAUAUGUAUUACGAUUUACUUGCUAGCUACAAAAAACAACUUUGUACCCAAAUUCCACAAAGUUGCGAUAUUUUAUUUAAGGGUUUGUGGCCUUAUCCUUCUGUUACACCCUUUCAUUGCCUUAACAAUUGCAUUGCUUUCUUUGUGACGCUAAUCCAAUUUCUACACCAAAAUCUGAAGCUUCACAUGAGACUCGUAAGUACCUUAAGUAUUAGUAGGUUCAACUUUAUGUAUUCUCAUAUAGGCCUUGAAUUUGACAUUGAUCAGUUUCUCUAUGUUCUUCAAGGAUGGUGAUUUUAUAUUUCUCUUCUAUAGUUCUGAACCACCAAGCCCGAGGUUCUCACUGCUUGUCCAUCCUUGUUGCACUUGAAUUGUGUACUGCAGAUUCCAUACAACAUCCUCUAUCGAUGGCCGCUUCCUCUGAUCUUCACAAAGACAGUUAAUGGCAAACUCUACUGUGGUUCUCAAUGACUCGUAUGCAUAUGUUCCUCUCACACACGGAUCUGCCAAGCUACGCAACACCGAUGGUUCGUCUCUCAAACUGUUCUCCAGCUGAAGCUUCAAGCUCCCCAACUCUGAAGAUGCAGCUGCUAUUACUUUGCCUGUGAUGAUCUGAAU